UUACACAGCAAAGGAGGUUCCACUUCACAUUUGUUAGUGUUGGUUCACAGUCGUCCGCUUAAAGCCAAGCUAACUUGUAGGAUCGGGAACAGGCUUCGCGAAGCGUGCAACAAGUGAAAGCGAUUUCCAAGUUCAGUCCAGACAUCGCCUUUGUUUACGUUUAUCCCUAGCGCGAGCCCCAAAGGCUUGCGAAGAGGGUGCAGCCAUCCCGAAAUCGAUGCUGGCUUUGGAAGAUCUGUCAUCUGUGAUCAACAUGACAUGAGUGCCUUCUAGAAAGAAAAAAGAUUAUUAGAACAUUCUACUUCCGCGGAAUCCAAUUGAAUUCAUCUUAUUUUUUGUUAUUAUUUUUCUCCUUUUCCAAAAGUCAAGAUGCCGACCGGAACAGAUCCUCAGUUCCAAGAGCCUAAGAAGCCCCACAAGCACACCAUGAAGUGCGAUUGUGUGGACCGUCUAGUCUCGUACAUGUUUCGGCAACUAGGAUGGAUGGUUGGACGGAAACCUGGGUACUUUAUCAUAGUUCCUGUUCUCAUUUCUGCCCUUCUUGCAACUGGUAUGCAAAGGAUAAGGUAUGAAGCCGAUCCAGAGUACCUUUUCAGUCCUACAGACGGUCCGGCCAAACAUGAGAGAGAGGUUAUAGAAACACUUUUUCCAAUGAAUCUCUCCAAAGAUUUCGAUGUAGGUAGGAUGACUCGAAUCAGUCCCUUCGCCAGGAUAAUGAUAGAAGCCAAACAUGGAAAAAGUAUUUUCGACAAAGAAGUGUUUGGUGACUUGAUAAAGAUAGACAAAAUGGUGAAUAAUAUAACUAUAUGGCAUAACCAUCGCCUGUGGAAGUAUAAAAAUAUGUGCGCGAAGAAGAACAGAAAAUGCUUUGAGAAUACGAUUCUUGAAUUUGCUGAUCGACUGGAUGAUAUGGCGAAGGGGAAGUAUUCUAUAGAUUACCCUCUCAUGAUUAAUGAAGUGACGUUUAAAGUGUUUUUUAGUGCUGCUUUCUUGGGUGGCGUUAAAACGGACGAGUUCAACAUGAUAGAAUCUGCCAGAGCGGUUAAUUUAUUGUAUUUUUUGGAAACAGGACCUAUAAAAACUGAAAGGGCUAACGUCUGGGAAGCAGCGUUCUUGCAGUUGAUGGAGGAGAGUGAAUUCGAGCAUCUCAACAUCGCUUACUACACAUCCCUGACAUUGUCGGCUGAACUUGAGAAAAAUACCAUAUCGGUUCUGCCUUUGUUUAGUGUGACGGUCGUUAUUAUGCUUGCUUUUUCUGUGUCUACGUGCAUGAUGUUGGAUUGGGUAAAAAGCAAGCCAUGGCUUGGAGUCCUUGGAUGCUUUUCAUCAGCAGUGGCAGUAGCAGCAGCUUUCGGUUUAACGGUAUACUGUGGAUUGGAAUUUAUUGGGCUUAACUUAGCUGCGCCUUUCUUGAUGCUUGGAAUUGGCAUGGACGACACUUUCGUGUUACUAGCCGCCUGGAGGCGGACGGAUGACCGCCUUAGUGUACCCGAAAGGCUUGCACACACGUACGCCGACGCUGGCGUGUCCAUCACCAUUACCUCUCUGACGAACUUCAUUUCUUUCUGGAUCGGAGUGAUCACCCCUUUCCCCUGUGUCCGCAUCUUCUGCAUCUACACGGCCAUGUCCGUGCUCUUCACCUACAUCUACCACGUGACGUUCUUCGGAGGAUGCAUGGCUCUCAGCGGAUACGCGGAGGAGAGGAAUUUACACUCUUUCAUCUGUGUCCCCACCAUGCCCAAGUCACUCGCACAAAAUCGUGGAUACUGUUACAGAUUGUGUUGCACUGGAGGUCGUAAUCCAUUGGAUCCUGACAAUCCCCUGGAUAAUGAAGAAAACAUGAUGAUGAUGUUUUUCCGAGACAAGUUAGGAGUAUUUCUCACCAAGAAACCAGUCAAAUUUAUUAUAAUAAUAUCGUUCCUUCUGUACCUCGCAUUCGGGCUCUGGGGAUGCACAAAAGUGAAAGAAGGAUUGGAACGAUUCAAAAUGGCUCGAUACGAUUCCUAUUCUCUUGAUUAUUAUGACCUCGAAGAUAAAUACUUUAGGAAGUACCCCUAUCGAAUUCAAGUAGUUAUCAAUGAAACUCUGGAUUACUCAGAUCCUGUAGUUCAGGAACGGGUAGAAGAUUUACUUCACAAACUUGAAAAUAACCGUUUGAUGGCUGGACCGCGAUUUACAGAAUCAUGGUUAAGAAUUUAUCAUAGAUUUGUUAAUGAUUCGCGAACGCAAGUAUUCCUUCAGGGAUACAAUAUGAGCAAAAAAGAAGAUUUUUAUAGAGGUAUACAUAAGGUAUUCUUCCGUCUCUCACAAGACUAUUUCAAACAGGAUAUCAAAUUCAACGAAAAUUUUACAGAAAUUACUGCUGCUAGAUUUGUAUUACAAACUGAGAAUAUAAUGGACGCAAUCGAUGAGAAAAAUAUGUUGAUAGAACUUCGAGAAAUAGCGGCUAAUUCUUCGCUUCCUGUUGUGGUAUUUAAUCAACUCUUUGUGCUGUUCGAUCAAUUUCUUUUGAUAAGAGACACGUCCAUACAAGCGGUAGGCGUGGCCACUGCAGUGAUGAUGUUGAUAUCCUUCAUUUUCAUUCCAAUUCCAAACUGUGCUCUCUGGGUGGCAUUUUCCAUAUUUUCUAUCGAGAUUGGAGUCGUCGGUUACAUGAGUUGGUGGAAUGUGAAUUUAGAUGCCAUAUCAAUGAUCAAUUUAAUUCUCUGUAUAGGAUUUUCAGUAGACUAUUCGGCACAUAUCACGUACGCUUACAUAUCGUCUGAACAAAAAGACCCCGACACUCGAAUGAGGAAUGCUCUUCACUCUUUAGGUUUGCCAAUAGCCCAAGGAAGUGUUUCCACUCUCCUUGGAAUUGUCAUAUUAAACGCUGCUCCAUCUUAUAUCUUUACAGUUUUCUUCAAGACUGUGUUUUUAGUUAUUUUCUUUGCUUCCCUACAUGGACUCUUAUUGCUUCCCGUUCUUCUAUCCCUCACAGACGGUUGCUGCAGCGGGGCUAAGAAAGGAGGGGAUGAUGUCAGUGAAAAAGAAGGCACACCACCCUUCUAUAUAACAUCUCAACCCGACGGUAUAAUCACUAAUAAAGAUGGUAAAGUGUCUAUUCCGACAUACAAAACUCUUGCUGAUCCACAUUUUCCUACUAUAAUUGAAGAACCGAAAUACAAAACCACGGCCACAUGGACAGAUAAUGGAGAUUUAGAUCAAGGUAUAGGAACAAGUGGAGAGAGUAGUGAUGGCAGCUGGAGGGGCGGAAAUGAUGAAAUUAUUGACCAUGCCACCCAGCUGCAUGGCAGCUCUACCAAAUUGACAUCCGUUUGUCAGCCUGGGGAAUCACCUCGAUCCCGAGAAAGGGAAAAUCAUGUGAAUCCUGCGUUCAUUGAUGACGACGGAUUCCGUGCGUCUGAUAGAUCCCGGAUGAAGGGUUACCAUCAUUCAAAUCGGGAUGGUAAACCAGCUAGUUACCACGAAACGUGGGACGACUUGCAUAUUCAGCAAGCAUCAGCUACCAAAAAUCAUACCAAUAACAAAGACUCGAAACCGCGUAGGAACAGCGAACCAGAUAGUCCACUAUCUCGUUAUAUGUCGAGGCUUAACAGUGGUUAUGUAAGAGAAUUUCAGAUGCCAUUGUGAUUUACUAGUAUUAUAAUAAGCACUCUAGGAAAAUAAUAACUUAAAUGUGCCACGUCAAGUAUUUAAUUAUUUGACAACUUCUGAUGUCAUCAGUUCUGUCAGAUAGAAAACGGAUAUGUUUGAUAUUCGAUUCCAAGGCACGGGUAUUCGUUAUGAUUUUUUUUUUUUUGUUCUGUUUAUAUAUUGUUAAUGUUUCUACUGUUUAUUUAAGUUUGGUAUAACUGACACUUAUUCAAUUUGAGAACUUUUGUGUGUGUUGUAACUGGAAUCAAGAAACUAUUACCACCAUUAUUUAUUUUUGUUAUUGAUUUUGUAUUUUCUUAAUGGAUUAUUAAUUUUUUGACAAUUGGUAGAUAAAUUAUAAUGAAAUGUUUAAAUAUGAAAAAAUAGCAUUCAGGACAUAAUAUUUAUUUUAAUACUGUAAAAUUAUAGAAAAAUGAGUAAAUAUUGACUAAAAUAUCCAAUUAAUUUAAUAAUCAGAACAUUUUAGUUUUAUGUUUAAAAAUUUAGAUUAUGCAUUACUUUCAGUUCAAUUUUAUUGCGAAAUAAAGUACUCAAUUUGAUUUUGAAACAGAUACAAUUUAUACAUAUUCAUGUUUUAUGUGUAAUUUUGUUAUGUCAUUAUUAGCUCAUGUUCAUGAAAAUGAAAUAGUUUCCUCAUCUAUUAAACUAAUAUUUUUAUUAAUUUCGGCUAGUCACCUGAAUAGAAUACAAUCUCAAACAUACCAGGUAUAAAUUGAUUAAACUGCGAAUAAGCCCAAUUUUCAUAAUUGUUUAAACUUUUGUGAAGAUCCGCGUCCUACAGACCAGCCGUAUACCUUCAAUAUGUGCAUGGUAUAUGUGACCUGAUAUCAACAAUUGAUAUUCAAUAUAACUCUGGAGAAGUGCGUGAAUGUAUUUUGUAUCAGAACUGCGCAUAUGCCUUUUGUAUUUAUGUACUACUCUGCCGUUUGGCUGUGACAAUCAUGUUUUCAUACAGUGUAUUUCAGAUAUUAAAAUGUGAUUUUUUUUAUAA